UUCUUCGCCUAAACAAAAGAAAAAGACAUUCCUUAGCUUUAAAUAGGGGUGGUCCUUAUUGGUCUCUUGCACAGUGUCUUAUGAACCCGAGGAAAUGUGUUUAUAGUCAUACUUCUAGGCUGUCUCUACAAAAGCGGUACAGCUUUAGGUACACCUGUACAGUUUAAAGUAGUACUCCUCUAUAGCAGUUGUAUUCGCUUAGGAAGGGUGUCUUAAGUCUAAGAUCUACUGCUUGUAUGCUUACUGGUACAAAGACACCUUAUACCUGCAGUUACUACUGUUCUGGCAAGUGGUGUUAAAAACAUAUUGAAAAAAUAAAAAUGUCACCUUUAACUGAAGGAGUUACGUUGGCAUAAAAAUUUGGUCAGCCAGGUUUUAAAUUAGUGGUGCAGUAUGUAGCCCUCUAAUAAACUUGUCACUGUGUUACUAGUGUGAUUUUUAAUUGAGUAGUUUGAUGUAGAUCUUCACUUGAAUUUUUUAUGGAGCUUAAAACUAAAGUCUGGGUAAAGUUCAGGCAUCUUACUGUAAUUUUGCUGUUCUGGGACUGUCUCAAAUAGCAUUUAUGCAGAAAGGUUACACAGCUUUUUAUGAAGACUUUUUUUUCCAUAAAAAUCACCUAGAGCUGUCUCACAGUAUACCCAGUGUAGGUAUGCAAAAUACACAGUUGAUGUCUUGUACAUACAUAUAUUGUUGGCUGGCUAUGUGGUUAGAAAUCUAAAUUGAACAAUACUGUAGUCAGAGGCAAUGUAACAGAAAUAUGAGGCACGUUAUUCUGAGAAUAGCUUUUUGUAAGAAGCAGCAGAAUCCUAUCUGCUUGGUCUUCUUGGAGAUACUUAACUGAAGAACUCACAGAUAUAUUCUGUGGAACAAUACUGUACUGAUAGAUUGGUAUUUAUCAGAUUGGAGGGAGUAUCUGAAUACUCUAGUCAUGGCCCCAGGCAGAGUUGUUAGGCACUAUGCAAACAACUGUUUUCCAGGUUGUGCUUGUUGACCCCAACACCCAGGUGAAAGGAUGACCUAGAUGCUGAAGUGGGACUAAAUCACAGGCUGCAGCCUUUAUAAGUAGUAAAUACAGAACAAGUUGAAAUCAUCACAGAAGGAUAAAGUGCGUCAGUUUAUGGUCUUCACACAAUCUAGUGAAAAGACAGCAGUCAGUUGUCUCUCUCAAAAUGACUGGAAGUUAGAUGUUGCAACAGACAACUUUUUCCAAAACCCUGAACUUUAUAUACGAGAGAGUGUUAAAGGAUCAUUGGACAGAAAGAAGUUAGAACAACUAUAUAACAGAUACAAAGAUCCUCAAGAUGAAAAUAAAAUUGGUAUAGAUGGUAUACAGCAGUUUUGUGAUGAUCUAGCUCUUGACCCAGCCAGCAUUACUGUACUCAUCAUUGCGUGGAAAUUCAGAGCUGCAACACAGUGUGAAUUUUCAAAGCUGGAAUUCAUGGAUGGAAUGACUGAACUAGGGUGUGACAGCAUAGAAAAACUGAAGGCCCAGAUUCCUAAAAUGGAACAAGAAUUAAAAGAGCCAGGAAGAUUUAAGGAUUUUUAUCAGUUUACUUUCAACUUUGCAAAGAAUCCGGGACAGAAGGGUUUAGAUUUAGAAAUGGCCAUUGCCUACUGGAAUUUAGUACUUAAUGGAAGAUUUAAAUUUCUAGACUUGUGGAACAAAUUUUUGUUGGAACAUCAUAAAAGAUCAAUUCCUAAGGAUACCUGGAACCUUCUUCUAGACUUUAGUACAAUGAUAGCAGACGAUAUGUCUAACUAUGAUGAGGAAGGGGCAUGGCCAGUUCUUAUUGAUGACUUUGUGGAAUUUGCACGCCCUCAAAUUGCUGGGACAAAAAGUACGACAGUGUAGCACUAAAGGACCCUUCUAGAGUGUACAUAGUCUGUACAAAUACCUGAAAUGGAAAAUUGCACAGUCAAUUUCUGCUGGCUGGACUGAACUGAAGAUCAAUCCUCACAAUAUGGCUGAGGGUUGAGACAAACCUUUAAGGAUACAUCUUGGACCAUAUCGUAUUUCAUUCUUCUACUGGUGGUUUGGGCUUUUCUUCUAGUCUGGACCACUCUUGCCCGUUAAAAUUCCAACAUUGUGGAUUUCAUCAUGGAAAUUUUUUUAUUAUUAUUAUCUUUUGGUGGACCACCCUAGUUUCAUCUCCCAUAAGUCCUAGAGGCUUUGUGAUUAUUUUGAGGUUUCUGUUUUCACAUAAAGCACAAUGCUGGUCAUCCUCAGACAACUGUUGUAUGGCAUCUGAAUCAACAUCAAAACAAUUUUUAAAAGAAUCCUUAAAUAUACACUUGGGGCUUAGUUGCCAAGAGUGUAUUGAUAGCACUUCCUGUAAGAGUGAUAUAUUUAAGUGUACUGGGUCCGAUCCCCCUCCCUCCCCCUUUUUUUUUUUUUAAUUUUCUUUUCUGGAAAAACUACAGGUAUUGUCUAAGUGAGUUUGAGUAUCUGGUAAAAACAAUUACAGAAAUAACCAAGAAAACCCAAGGUUGUUGAUACUGGGGUAUCUAGGUGCCUAUCUGAAUGGUUUGAUUGUACAUCAGCUGACUGUAAGAACAGUUGAUGUACGACACAACUGCUGUGCACUUAAAGCACCCGUGUUUCAUGUUAUAGUCAGCCUUCAGUGAGCGUUGUUGAGAUAAGCUGUGUGCGUCAUAAUAGAAUCUAAUAUUCUCUAGGUUAUUAUUGAAGAAAUCAAAUUUCAUUACAGUUUUGAAAUGCUUAUCUGUCAAAGAAAGUUUUUUCAUUUCUGUGGAAAUCUGUAACUUGAAUAUACUGAAUUUGUGUCUUAAAUGUUUGCUACACAAUACAGUAUUUUAAAUUGAGACAUGGAAUUUUUAUGGUUGAGGUAUGAUGAAACAAAUGGCCCUGUUGUCCAAGAAGCUGGUGAGUUUGGUGUGGAUCUGAGUUUUGAAACUGUUAUACUGAGAAGUAAGGUAAAUCUUUACGACGUAUAGGUACUGCCAUUGAUUGGCAUAUCACUGUGGUUGCCAAAUACAGAAAUUAAGAGUAAAGCUUUCCCAAACAAGCACAGAUCAGAUAUAAACUACUACACUGGCUUUGUUUGCUUAAAUUAUUUUGUUGAUCCAUCACUACUGCUAAUUGUCUUACUGCAUUUAACUAAAUCAUUUAUUUUGUUCAAAACAGGUUUUAUCAGAUGCAAUUUCUCUUUAUUUUUAAUAUUACAGGAGUUCUUGAGCUGCUCGUGUGCUAAACAUGGUCUUGCACUCCUCACUUAGUUACUUGUGAAGAGAGUUGACAAAUACCUCCCUGUAAAACCAGCUGGAGAAUACCGAGCUCCAGGGAAAAAAAAAAAAAGACUGUAGUUACAAGUAAGGCUGGAGGUUUAAGUCCAUGCUCUAAACAGUCCCAUGAUAAGGCGAGAAUUAUUUUUGAAAUGAGUAAUUGGUACAUGCACUAAACAGCAGAACACUCUUUUAUGCAGAUGCUAAAAGUCUUUUAGGAAAAAAUUGGCUAUUAAACUGCUAAAAAAAUUUUUAUUUGUAUGCCCUGAAGGUGACCAUCAGGCUAGUCCCUGUUACAGCAGUGCUCUUUUAAGAAAAUCCAGUUGUGCAUUUAUUUCAAGAAUACAGUUCCACAAAAACAUUGCAAACUUCAUCCAGCUACUGGAAUUGGCUAUGCCAAAAAAUUGUGUGUUUUGCUGCUUUCAGUAUUUUCUUUCUCAGUUUUGUGUAAAUAUAAAUGGGGACUUGAACUUACGGGGGGGGAGGUGGAAAAAAGCUCUACAAGGUAUCUGUGUGUGCUGUUUUCUGUCUUGAGGGUUUUGGUACAGUUUCAGAUUGAUUAGUUCAAGUAUGCUGUGUUUGGCGAGGCGAACGGACUUGCUUUUUAGCCCAGUCCAGACUUGUCCCUCAAAAAAGUCUGCAGUUGGGUAGCGGCACAACGCCGUGGCGUUUUAAAGAAUAUUCCUUUUGAAUGCAAGAUCUUUUCAACAAAACAGUGUUGUCAUCAGUUUGGUACUACACACUUACUUACAAUUACUGUGUAAUUAUAAAGAAAUACCUAAAACUCUGACUAAUUAUGUUGCAGAAAAGGGUUAUUUGUGCUGUGAUGGCAUCAAAAGUUUUUCAAAAUGAGUGACUGCAGUUGAAAGAAACAUUGAUUUAACAGGGUGUUGUUCUAAGGACAAAAUGCCUGGUUACAGGGAAUAUUUUGUAUUGAAACGUGCUCAGAUGUGGCCAUGUGGUUUUGUUUGGUUUUUUUUUUCCUUUAUAUAUUUGUGUGGUUUUUCUUUUUUUUUUUUUUUUUUUUUUUACAUGAAUGCAGACAGUUGCUUACUUGGAUGGCUUUAAUUUGUAAGUGCGUAUGUCUUCAAUUUGAUAAUCUCCCCUUAAAUGGAUCAGUUUAGUUUUGGCAAAUGUCAAGGAAAAAAAGGCAACGAACAGUGUUUGUAACCUCUUUUUAUACAUGAAAUAUGUACAAAUUAGAAGUGCCCUGAUACAAAACACUUGAUCUCGAGAUUAUAUUUAGUAAAAAAAAAAGAAAACCCAUCAUUUACAUAUCUCUGUAAGUUCAAAUGUAACUUCUUACAAUCCCUCUCAUUACCAACAGAGGCAAUAAAGCUCCAGUGAAAUUGCCAUG